UUAUAAACCCUCAAAACCUGAUAGAAUUAAAUGGCAAUACUUUCCUUAAGGUUGGCUUGAUUUGUUGAGGGUGUCUCUAGCCAGUAGUAGUGUAUCGCUCUAAUUAUCGACUGAUUAUCCUAUAAUAUAUCUCUGCAGACUAAUUAGACUUGCUGAUUCAACAAGAGGGCAAAUGGUUAGACCUUCGAAGAGAAGUUCUUCGCGGGAUAUUUCGGAGGAUAAUCCGUUCGAGAACAUAUUCCCUUCCCGUGGCGAAGAAAGAAACAUAUACUCUACCCGUCCAUCACGGGUACUGACAAAUGGAGAGAGAACGAUUAAACAAGUAGAACAAAAAGAUCAUUCCCCGAACUCAAGCAAUAUAGGCCCACGCAUCAUGAAUAACACCCAGGAAGAGAAACGAAGAAGCAAUAUAGGUCCAUCACGGGUGACAAAUGCUCAGAUAAGUGGACGCUCAACAACUGCGGCAGGUUUUUCCUUCCAAUCAUCGGUUGGGCAAACAAGGCUAUAUACAUCGGAAAUGCGGGAGAAGAUACACCGUUCGAUAAUUAAUGGAGACAGAAUGGAAGCCAGCCAAGAUCAUUCCCCCAAGUCAAGCAAUUCAGGUCCAAGAACCAUGAGUAACACCGAGAAAAAAAACACAACUAGCAAGAAUACCCACCCGUUAGCUACUGAGUCGUCCAUACAACGACAGAAGAAGCAGAGUUUGUCGUCCGCAUUACAGGACAUUCCUCCAGCUUGGGCUAGGCUAAUGACGGCUCGUUUUGACAAUCAUUUCAAACUGUUGGAGAAUCAGUUUACACAAAUGCAAAUUCAGAUCGAGACCCUCACUAACAAUAUGAAGGAUUUGCGUUCUGCAUUUAAUGAUGAACAAGGGAUACCACCUACUGAUGAGGAUCAGACUUGGAUGUCAUUUGUAGAUGAUCGUUGAAUCUCCCUUGUUUUGAAUUCAGAAUCCUUUUUCAUUUAUGAAUAAAAUGAUCCAUUGUGAUUCUUGCCAA